UAGCCUAUUUAUUAGUAACAUAUCUAUUUGAAUUAUAAUAAGAUUUUAUACAUACCUAAGUUGUCAUUUUGACUCUAUUUUAAAGUUUUUUGUGUGUGUUUUUUCACUUUUCUGAAUAAAUGAGAGACCAUAAAUGAGUGGAAUACUAUCUUAAACAAGUCAAAAAUCUGUUAUAACCUUUAUACUACUUAAAUGAAGAAGAAUAAAAAAAUCCACCAAAUUCCAACUGAUACUUACUCCAUUCAGACAUUGGUGAAUUUGUCCCUCAAUCCAAGUCGACCUUCUUCAUCAGAGAUAGGUGGAAAAGAGUACAUCAUCUUCCCAGAUCUUACUGAUUUUCUUCCACGUCCUAGUCAGUCUGCUGUUUUUCCAGGAAUAACUGAAAUCUCUUUAUUGCAAAUUGAGAAACAGAAGAUUAUCAAACAAUUAAAACAAGUAAAGGAAGAAAGAAGACAUCUGGAAAGAAUAAGAGAAGAACUAACAUUGCAGCAAUAUCAUGCCUGUGAUAGUUGGAAGAAAAAAUACUUUGAAACAAAGAAAGUUACAGCAUCAUUGGAGGAGAUUUUAACAAAACUUCAAGAAGAUUUGGAACUCUACUAUAAAAAAUUGCUCGUGCAACUUGAAGCUAGGCAGGUCAAGAUGAGACCAAGGAAUAUGGCAAACAUCACAGAGUCUAAGGUGAGAAAACAAGCAAUUUCAGAUGUAUGCACACUGAAAGCUGAGCUGACACAGAAUAAAAUACAUCUGUACAGCCUUAGUUAG